UUUGUUCGCUUUUCUUCCACAGAAUCGGCAGGCCAACAAACAGCUGCGAUAAAAUUAACAACGCCUUAUUUAUCACCGCGCUUUUUCCAGUCGGUUUUGAUUGUGUCCAACCCGGGUCACUUCACCGGGCCUAGUUUCGCCCUCCCCCGAGCGAGACAAAAGCAUAAGUCGAACAACUGCAAUAUGAAACAAGCCACGUUAAGCAGCACUCUAGUAGCAGCCGCCUCGAUCCUGAGUCUGGUAGCGGCCGGUGAAGCGGGUGCUGGAGGAGGGAGCGGAGACGGAGGUUGUGGUGGCGAGGAAGAAGGCAUAGGAUUUGUAACCGGUGAUGAAGGCGGCGACUUUCCGUUGGCAACAAGUGCUACCAAUUACUAUAGUGGUGCCGUCGACGCCACCGCGGGUGCAAAUGGCAGUUAUAUAGUGCUGAUAACGCCAUUAGCUCUGAUGUCGAAACAUAGUGGAACUUCCGGUGGCGGAAAACACCACGAGGAUGUCUCUCCUGUUACCCUUUCAACGGAGUGGCCUCGUUUGGCACGAUUGCUGCUGCUGGCCAGCCUCUCUGUCAUCGGCAGCAUCGGAAACGUGUUCAUGAUAUCGUCAGUAAUGAUCGAAGACCAUCUGAAAAAAGCAGGUAACGCAUUCAUAGUGAACAUAGCGCUCGCAGAUUUACUAAUCACUAGCGUAGUGAUGCCAGCGUCCACCAUAGUGCUCCUUGCUGGUAUCGACAAUUCGGACACGGAAGUAUGCAAAUUUCAGUGGUUUCUAGCUGCUUGCUCGUUUUUGGUUAGCAUUUUGACCCUAGCAAUGAUGGCCAUCGAAAAUUAUCUUCGACUUUGCACCAGCCAAAACGAACGGAGCUGGUUCAACAAGACCAACGUGACGGUCAUCUUACUCCUGAUCUGGUUUGUGGCCAGUCUCACUUCAGGGAUGCAAUUCGUGUACGACAUCAGCUUCGAUUACUGUGACCGCAAAUCGAACCACAUCGUUCCAUCGGAGGCCGGAUGGAUUGGCCUGAUAGUGCUGCUCCCUUUGCUGUUAACCUUCCUUUCACACAUUCGAAUCAUCGUGGAUGUGAAGCGCAACAUGAGUCUCCCGAACUAUAAGCCAAACCUUGCCUACACUUGGGAUCUCUCAUUAGUACGGACCAAUUUCUACAGCUUCCUCAUAUUCGUACUGUUUUGGUUACCAUUCUGCAUCAUCCUAGCGUACGGGACAACCAAAAGCGUUCCGAAUCGUGUUUUCUACAACACGGCCUGGAUUGGGUUAUCCAAAUCCUGCUUCCACAACGUGAUCUACUGUCUAACAAAUCGUCAUUUUCGUAGCGCGUACAUCAGUCUCUUCAACUAUUGCUGCUGCAAGACGACGGUUGCCGUAUCCCGGCGCCAACGAAUCGACGGUAACCGCCCAACAGCCGACGUCCGGGUCCACAUCAUACCCGGGUACAACAUGUACUCGUACACCAGCCCGCAGCGUUCAGGCAACAGCCACUGGGGAAAGCGUGAAUGCCACGAAUUAUGAUCGGAAACGUAGCUAAAUUAAUCGAAAACGAGGUACGAUUUCGAUUAAUUUACGGCGGAGCGGAAAUUUUAAUCGGCAGUGCGCUCAAAUUGUGCAUUUGCGACGUGCGUCGAGGAAUUACUUGUACAAUCGAGCAUAAUUUCGCGCAAAAUCUAUUGUUCAGCGGUGGUUCCACGCGAAACAGAGCGCGCCAACGUCAACAGGGCCAAAAUUGUUACUAAAAGUUGAUCUCGUUCGAAAUGGGAUACGGUCAACACAAAGCCAAUACCUAAAUGCACAUCUGACCGGUACCCGGUGUAGAGAAGCUACUUUGAAUCAAUAUCAUUUACGGCCCCGCAUUGUUUAGAUUUGCUUUUCAAUAAAAUAAAUUAAUCGCUGAUCAAAUUUGCCUAUCCUGAAACUACGCAUUCAAGCUACGUACCAAAGGUUUAAAAAAAAGUCGAUUGAUUCAUUGUAUUGCAAUUUGCACCAUUGACAUGAUCAAUUAUUUUCACGAAAUCUGCCAUCUUGAUUUUAAUGCAUAUUUUGCUUGAUACGGUUAAUACAGCUCGUUCAAUUUUCAACAAUUCCAUGAAUCACGUUAUUGAAAGUAAGCAAUCCCAUAAAAAUGUCCCAAUUUUAUUUUUGGUAAUUGUCAUUUUUGAUUUGGCUGAAACAUUGCACAGGUGUUCCUAUAGGCUAAAGAUAUCGUUUGAACUGUUGGUAUUUAUUUUAAUCACGACUAAUUUUCGAAAAAGGUUUAUGUAGAAUGGUUAUCAUUAAUUAUUUGAUCGAUAUUGGUAUCGACAAAGUUGUAGAUAAUAAUUUUGUUUUUCCAAUAAUACACACACUGUGAAAAUUUUUUUAUAAAAUUUUAACUUUACUCCAAGUAACUAUCAAUGAUCAAGAAAACAGAUUUUUGGAAAAAAGGUUUUUGUGAAAUUCACAAUUGUUAUUUUUGUGUGUUUUUGUUUUUUUUUUUUACGGUGUACUUUUUUGAGAGAAAACAAAAUUACUGUCUAUCAAUUUGUUUGCCAAAGUAAUUAUACCAAUCAAACAAACCGUUCUGUUUUUUUUCCUUUUUCUUUGGAUAAUUGUUUUUUUUUCUCAUUUCUGAAAUGAAAUGAGAAAGAAUCUUUUGUACUUUUCAAACUAAUUUCAUUUUUUUGUCUAAUGCCUACAUUUUAAGUUUAGUGGAUAUGCAUGAAGUUUUUACGAGAAUGUAAAAAAUGAACAAUUGAAGUUUUUAUAAAAAAAAUUAAAAAAAGCUUUUCGAGAUAACAUUUUUUUGAUGUCUUUGUUGAAAAUUUUUUUUCAAAACAAAAUUGUUUUCUACAACUUUACCGAAGACGUCACACCGAUCAAAUGACCCGUUUUGGCUCUAACAAUAUUUGUAAUCAUCAAUAUCUUUUAAACAUGAACUUUUUUCACAAAUUAGUCGUGAUUCACAAAAAAAAAUACUUAUAUCACAAAAUGAUAUCUUUAGCUUUUAAGAGCAUCUGUGCAUUUUUUUUAGCCAGAUCAGAAAAAGUUGAUUAAAAUGGUUGCCCGUUUUUUGUGGAAAUGCACAAAUUGUUUCUACUUUUGGUAUAUUUGGAUUUCGUGGCUUAACUUUUGCGCAUACAUGCAACUAAGUUAUGAAAAACGAAUAAUGUUCACAUUUGCAUUGAAGUUGCCAGUUAAUAUUUAUUUAUUAAAGCCUUUUUAUCGAUAAUUUUUUUAAUAAAAACAAAAUAAAGAGAAAAUCGCUCUGAAUACAGUUCCAUUUUAUUGUUUUAUGCAAGUCGAAUAGUUGAUUCAUGAAAUCUAAAUUUAUUUUGAAAGAAGUAAAUUCAAUAUUGAUUCACUUCCGGUUUUUUUUAAAAUAUGAUAUUGAUUGUUUAAAUAUUGUUUGAGUCAUCAAAGUGGGCUGCAGUAAAACUUACGUCAUCCAAAACCUUCAGUUUAAUUUCAACUGAAAGCCCUGUCUAGAGAUUCAGGUGAAGAGAACGCAAUUAGAACGCAAUUCACUCUGUUCAAAGCUGUAAAUUAUGCUUAAAACUUCAAUUCUUAAAGCGGCAAUUUCCACAAUCACAAUGCAAAAUAUUUUGAACACAAUAAAAUCUAUGCUGUAAUCACAGACAAACAGACGUGUCUCUUCGAAAAAAAAUCCUGAAAAAUCUUCGUCCUUAUUCGAAACGUUACACUCGUGCGCCACCAUGUGAGCUUAUUGCCUACUAACUUCUUUUCGUAUAACGGUUUCUGUCUUUGUUACUAGGUGUGCACGAUGCUUAAAUUACACCAGCGGCAUUACUGACGGUUGUUGUCUUUGAUAAUGAAUGUGCACGCUUGCUUAAAGCGACACUAGCGGCAUUAUUGGCCACUAAGCAAAAUUUCAAAAUAAUCGUUUUUUUUCUGGUCGAUGAAAUCGUCAUCGAGUGGCACGUCUGUUUGUCUGUGCUGUAAUUUUCCCAGAUUCAAAGCAGUCUCAUGUGAAACUAUUCACGAUCUCAAGAGGUCGCAAGUUUACUACUUUAACUUCAACUCAACUGCUGAAAACACAAUAGGUAAAAUAUCCAGCGAAGUAUUUUGUUAAGUUUUGGCAGUAUUUUCAAGAAUUUCAGCAAAAAACGGUCAAAUUUCACAGAUUUACAGUAAGCGAUAUAAUAAGUGUGCUGGUUGCCAAUAAAAAUGGAGUUUUUAUUCUAGAUUGGAUAUAAGUUAUCUGUGCAACGAGAUAUUUCGAAUUACCUGCUGUAUUGUAUAACCAUCUAAAGUAUCGACAAAUUCAAUGCAAAUAAAUGGCAGAUUUUUUAUAUUUCAAACAGCUUUCUGACAAUGUCAAUUGGUGCAAAUUUUAGCUAGCUAUCAAUCAAGUGCUUAAUAAUUUCUGAAUGGCUAAAGCUUUAACUUUAUGGCAUGUUAUAUAUACUUGUUGUAAAGUUGUGCUCUCGUCUAUAAUUAAAAAUGUUUAAAAUUUCUAAACGAAACAGACAUCAACCAACGCUAUCCUUGCUGAGUAAUCCAAAAUCAAUUUAGGCAACCAAAACUUGCAAAAUAACCAUCAAAUCGAUAUACUAGAGACGUUCUACCUAACCUUCAUCUUAUAUUUUAACUGCAGUUUUGCUCUUUAACCCCACAAAAAGACUAUCAAAUAUGUUAUUCCUCCUAUGCAAUUAUUACAACAAUAAUAGGUCUGCAAUAAUGUAAGAUCCCCCGAACAAAAAAAAAACUUUGUUUUGUCAAAAAACUGCAUGACCUUUGUCCACAUAUGAACAGCCUUCACAGGUGCAUUCGUUAGUACUGAAAAAAGAGAGAGAGAUAGUCUUCAAAGCUAAAUCUAAUGCAGUUCACAAUAAAUCCGAUAACAGGACAUGAGAAUGAUAAAUCUUUUACCAUAAUCAUGAACCCGUAAACGUACAUUCUAUUAGGUUUAAAUGAAGAGGGAAAGGUGACAUUUUUCAUCGCAACAACAUCCUACAUUUUACAACUGUAACCAAAAAAUAAACAACCACGGUAGGCAAGUUAUUUUGUAAAUACACCCAGUAUAUCGGAUCACUAGUGGGUAAACGUAGCAGCGGGAAGGCAUCAACUGACUGUUUAAAUAAGUGUAUGAUAACGUAAAAAAAAUACAAUGCUAGAUGUAUAAAUUAUCAAGACAAAAAGAUGUAUCGAUGUGGCUAUACCUUAUAAUUUCAUAAAGGAAAGAAAAAAAACAGUACUCCGAAAGCCGAUGAUCAAAGUGCAUGCAGAAGUCACAGCAUUGGCCGACUAACAUGUUCCCUUAGGAGAAAUAUUUCUUAUUGAUUUUAUAUUGCCUUUUCAUUAACUGUGAUGUUUUAAAAUGAAAAUAACGCGAAACCAAACGUGAGGAAUUGUUAGUUGUUAAUAUGAAGAUAUUGGUUGGAAAACGUGCAGCAAGGCUAAAAAUCAUGUCAUUCAAAAUACAUUCAUGAGAUUGAUAUAAAGCAUAUUCCAAGAGGCAAGGUAGUUAUUAAAUUCUGAACAAAUCUAGAUAAAUUUGUAAUAUUGAGAUGAUUACAACUUCACAACUAAAAGUAUUUUGGUAGCUGUUAUCAGUUAUCUUGUUUUUUAGUAGUUUUUAUAGAUUUUGGGUUUUUCUACCCCUUUUACAAUUAUUAUCUCCGUACUUAACCUUGAGGAAAAUCUGUGUAGCUUUGAAAAAUUGACCAAAGCUGUCUUGCCCCUCGGCAUAUUCAUGUAGUUUCUACAGACCAGCAGUACACAUGACACAUGAAAAUCCGAGAAAAUGUAUAAAGAUACGCAAAUUUAUAAACAAUAAACAACUGAAGAAAGUUUUAAUUGAGAACUGUAGCAACUAAUACUCAUUUCAAGUGUAAACAUGUUGUUUACAAAACAGAUUAGCAUUGAGAAUCAUAAACAAUAAAAAUGUCCAAAAAUGUUUCCACUGAAA